CCUGGCGCGCGCACGUACACGGCAGCCGGGCCGGGGACGCUGUCGGCAGCAGUGGUCCCGGGGUGAGAGCGGCCGGGUCUCCCCGAGGGCACCGCCGGCCGCCCCGCCCCGUCCCGCCCCGCCCCCUCGAGCCCGCUGAGCCCGGCGCUCCGUGGGCUGCGAAGUUCCUCCGCGCGAGUCCGCCCAGGCAGUGCCCCGGCUUCUGCUCGUCUCGGCUCCGCUGGGGCUCCCAACGGCCGUGACCGCAGCCCCGGGGGCUCCCGGCCGCCAGUCCCGCGCGCAUCUCGGGACCCAACGCCCCGCGCCCCCAGACUGCCCGGGCUCCCCGCGCGCCUUCCCGCCGCCGAGUCUGGUGGCCGCCUCCGGUGCGCCCGCGCUCUCCCUCCACCUCCUCCUCCUCCUCCUCCAGGGCUCCUGUCCUUCGCCGGCGUCACCCCACCAUGGCUCGUGGCCCCGCUCGGACCGGUCCGAGGCCGGAGCCCCCGCUGCUACCGCUGCUGCCGCUGUUUCUGCUGCUGCUCCGGGACGCAGGCGGCAGCCACACAGCCCCUGCCUGGUCCGCGGCCUCCGAUGGCCUGCGAGGGGACGAGGACCCGCAGCCGUCCCCGGGGGACGCGACCGCCGCACUGGGUCCUGGCGCCCAGGACAUGGUCGCUGUCCACAUGCUUCGGCUUUAUGAGAAGUACAGCCGGCGGGGCGCACGGCCUGGAGCUGGCAACACGGUGCGCAGCUUCCGUGCCCGGCUGGACGUGGUCGACCAGAAGGCCGUGUAUGUCUUCAAUCUGACGUCCAUGCAGGAUUCGGAGAUGAUCCUCACGGCCACCUUUCACUUCUACCUGGAGCCGCAGCGGCGGUGGCCCCCGGCGCGCGGGCUGGCCGCAGGCCCGCCCGCGCGCCCGCACCUGCUCCUCCGCAGCCUCCCGCACAACGCGGCCACGCAGGGGCUGCUCCGCGCUGCCCUGGCCCUGGCGCCGCCGCCGCCGCCGCGCGGCCUAUGGCAGGCCCGGGACAUCUCAGCCGUGGUCCAGGCGGCCCGCAGAGACGGCGAGCUGCUCCUGUCCGCUCAGCUCGACCCCGGGGACAAGAGCCCAGGACUGCACAGGCCCGGCGCCCAUGCGCCCUACAUCCUCGUCUACGCCAACGAUCUGGCCAUCUCGGAGCCAAACAGCGUGGCCGUGACCCUGCAGCGAUACGACCCCUUCCAGACCGGGGACCCCGAGCCGCGCCCGGCCCCCAACGGCUCCAGCGACCCCCGCGUGCGCCGGGCGGCCGCGCAGGCCUCCGGGCCUCUGCACGACAACGAACUGCCCGGGCUGCACGAGAGGCGGGCGCCGGCCGUGGCUCACGGCCCGCGUCACCACAAGCACGAGCUGUGGCCGGGCCCCUUGCGAGCGCUGAGGCCAAGGCCGGGGCGCAGGGACCGGCGCAGGAAGGGCCCGGAGCUGUUCGCCGCCUCCGCCGCCUCCUCGCAGGUGCUGGACUUCGACGAGAAAACGAUGCAGAAAGCCCGCAGGAGGCAGUGGGAUGAGCCCCGGGUCUGCUCCCGGAGGUACCUGAAGGUGGACUUCGCAGACAUCGGCUGGAACGAGUGGAUCAUCUCACCCAAGGCCUUCGAUGCCUACUACUGUGCGGGCGCCUGCGAGUUCCCCAUGCCCAAGGUUGUCCGCCCGUCCAACCACGCCACCAUCCAGAGCAUCGUCAGGGCCGUGGGUGUGGUGCCCGGCGUGCCGGGGCCCUGCUGCGUCCCCGACAAGAUGAGCUCCCUCGGGGUGCUGUUCCUGGACGAGAGUCGGAACGUGGUUCUGAAGGUGUACCCCAACAUGUCCGUGGAGACCUGCGCCUGCCGCUAAGACCCCUGCAGCAUGGCUUCAGGAAGCUGGGGCUGCAGCCGUAGGCACGGGACCAAGUGGGGCCGGGGCCACAGAGGGGCCGGGACUCUGUCCUGGGGGCGUUCCGUGCUGCGGACUUGGUCCCGUCCUUUCUGCUCACCUGCUGGAGGUGGCCGUGUCCACAGGGCUGGCCUCUUGUGGUCAGCACCUCAUAAGGAGGAGGAGGAGGACUCUCACUCCCUUCCCGCGUGGGAGCAUCUCUGGGGGACGUGCGAUUUGGGCCACAACGCGGUGACUCUGGACAUCCCAGCUCACAGUGGGGGGGGGGUGUCUCCACUUUUAGCCCUACCGCGGAAGCUCCUAUACACCCAGUAUGCACCUGUAACCCAUACCUGGCCCGUGUUUCUUAAUAUAUAUUUUUAUUGUAAAGCAAAAAGGAGGGGGCUGACCCCGGUUCUCCACAGACGUAUUCGCGCUGAUGAAGUGGGUUGUUGAAACAUGCCACGUGCCUACUAAAAAGUAACCGAGAUGUUAUAUUUUUGUAAAUUCUACUUUCUAUGCUGUAGAUGCUGUACGUUAUGUGUUUUUAUGAAAAGCUAAUAAAUUAAAGAUACAGUGGUAUCUUGAAAGACCCUCA